AUGGGUAGGUCACAACCAAGUAUCUCCACUCCAGUGAUCACAACCCGCGAUUGUCGCAUACGUUUGCGGUCCACGGCUCACGUUUGGUCGUGUCUCCAAAGAAAGGUCGUUCGCAGCAACGGGCUGGUAGACACCUCCCCCGGGGACCCUUGGCUAGGGGCCGAUGACACGGAGAGACCGGUCGUCGCCUUUACCUACAAGGUGUUCCGACGGUACUAUCUAGCCAAGAUACAAGGGGAGCUACUGGAAGUCAACAUCCGGCAAGCGUGGGAGGAUCUUCACCAGGGAACAGAAACAUCCGGCGGGGGAGACGGAGGACGGCACUAUCGCCACCACCAGCAACGCGGAGACUCCGACAUUGGUGGAGGCGACUCUCGCGGUAGGCCGUACGUGGCGCGCGCAGAGCUGCAGAAGAUCUUGACGAGGGAGGGGGAGGCCUUGACCGACGAAGAGGUAGACGAGCUGCUCAGAGAGUGCCGUCCAGAUGAGGUGGGCCGCAUCGUGUACGAGGGCUACCGAAGGAUGCUCAUCGAUCCGUCGCUCUGA